AUGACGGGCGUACGGUACGGGUUCAAAGUGAAAGAUCUGAUUGCGACCGCGCGUACCACCGAAGAGGCCGUUCGGGAGAUCCAAGAAUGGCAACGCAGCGCGCGUUACCCGAAGCUGUCCGCCGAACAGAUCGGCUUGUUUCUCGUGUCGUGCGGGAACGACCGAGAUUACGCGAAGAGGACGAUCGAAACUUACUUCGAGAUCAGAAUGAACGCGCCCGAGAUCUUCUAUGGUCGCCACUUGAAAAACGAGAGCUUGAUACGGAUGGGUGAGGUGAUAAGCCUUGCCGUAAUGCCAAAGAGAUAUAACGGUUCGGCGAUAAUAGUCAGCAGUGUAAUCGAUCCGAACUACAGAAAAUACGAUUUUCAGCGAUACGCACAACUGGCAACAAUGGUUUUAGACUCCCUUUUGUUUUACAACCCUCCUAGCAGCGUCACUACGGUUUUCGAUUUUCAAGGCUAUAGCUUCAUGCACCUGACUAAAAUGGGGUUGAGAGCGAUCAGGGUCUUCAGCGACUACGGCCAGAAGGGACAGCCGCUGCAAUCUGGCAACACGUAUCUUCUCAACGCGGGGUCAAUCGCGUACGCGGGAAUCAACCUCUUCAGGCCGUUCAUAAAGUCGGACGUAAUGGAGAAGAUCCACCUGUUCAAAACUUCCGACGGAGGUUUUGGUGAUCUCCACGAAUUUGUCCCGUUGGAAUACCUUCCAAUGGAAUACGGGGGUGAAUUGGAAUCGUUGCGCUUUUAUAACGAACAAACUUUAGUGAGGUUGCGCAAUCUACAGCCGUUUUUUGAGGCAAUCGAGCAACAAGUUUACGGAUGA